UGAUCGCGCAUCGUAUUAUGUCACUGUAAUUAAAAACUAUGCCGCAUGCAGAGGAAGUGGAGGAAGCGGGUGGAGGUCUGACAAGUGAGAGGCAAGAGUGGACAGGGGGGAGUGUUAGAGGUGGGAGUGAGAGGGCGCGGGAGGGAGGCAGCACGCGUGCAAUCGCGCGUCGGCCUGUCGCGCGCCGCACACCGCCGCGAUCGCACGCCCCGCGCGUCCCCGCAGCGUCCGCGUCGCGAUGAGUGAACACUGAGCGAGUGCGUCGCGGAGCGCCUCGACUCGUUCUCAUGGAGUACCAGCACCCGCAAGCCCUUCAGCCGCUCGGGCCACCGGCGCCGCCACCGCAGCUGCUGCCGCCCGCGCCUCACCCGCCGCUGCCCACGCUGCCCCAGCUGCAGCACGGCCACGCGCACGCCCAGGACGACGACCGUUGGAGCCAGUAUCACAUCUGGAGACAGCACGUUUUCGUCAACGGCAAGUCGGUGAACAAUAAAGACACGCUCGAAGACAAGAAAGAUGACAACGAAUUAUGGGAGGCGCAGGCCGCCUUCCUGGGGCCGAACUUAUGGGACAAGACGCUGCCCUAUGAUCCCGAUCUCAAGGUACAGGAAUACGUGGACCUAGACGAGUUCCUGUCGGAGAAUGGCAUGCAAGGAGAGGCGCUGGGCGGCGCGCACCUGGGCGGCUCGGCGUUCGGCGCGGGCGCGGGGCUUGCGCUGGGGUUGCAGGCGCCCGUCACCAAGCGCGAGCGCUCGCCCUCACCCUCCGACUGCAUGAGUCCGGACACCAUCAACCCGCCGCUCUCACCCGCCGAUUCCACAUUUUCAAUGGCGUCGUCGGGUCGUGAUUUCGACCCCCGGACGCGCGCCUUCUCCGACGAAGAAUUGAAGCCGCAGCCCAUGAUCAAGAAGUCCCGGAAACAGGUAAAUGAAUUCGUGCCCGAUGACCUGAAAGACGACAAGUACUGGGCGCGCCGGCGGAAGAACAACAUGGCGGCGAAGCGGUCCCGCGACGCGCGCCGCAUGAAGGAGAACCAAAUCGCACUAAGGGCCGGAUACCUUGAAAAAGAGAACAUGGGGUUGCGACAAGAAGUAGAGCUGUUGAAGAAAGAGAACCACAUCUUGCGCGAGAAGUUAUCCAAGUACGCGGACGUAUAGGCGGACGC